AUGCGGUUGAUCCGUCAGGGUUCUACGUUCGAGACGCUACGUGGGUUCAUUUGUUUCACCCAGUGUUCCAUGAAUUACCAGGACUGUAGCACGGACGCGGACUGGGUGCAGCUCUGCAGAAAGCAGCGCGCGAACAGGUCCAGCGGCGACAUGGCGAGCCUUGCGUCGAAGGUUGGCGCCAACAACCCGGCGCAGAUCACCCCCGCGAUGAUGGACCAGUCCGCUCCUAGCGGCGACACCGACAAGUACACUUGGCGGCAGACGGAGGACCGACGAAGUCGAGGUGACCUUCAAGAAGGAGGGCCUUCAGAAGGGAGACAAGAAAGUUGUCAAGGUUAUCUUCGCAAGAGAGAGGCUAAAGGUAGAGGCGCGCAUGCUCGAACAGAAGGGUCGGUUGUGCCUGGACGGAUAGGCUGCUAAGGGAAGCUCACAUUUCCCACGAUUGCUAGUUCGGUUCGUUGGUAUGAGCUGACCUGGCUGAUUACUUCUCUGUGACACGAAGAGGAGAGGCCACCAUAGUCACAUCGGGCAACGAGCAGAUAACUAUGUGGAAACGAAAGAACCUCACGGUGGUCCAGCUGUAUCACCUUUUGUCUGGUCGGAUGUGCCUGCCCCCCUCCCCUCCCUCUUCCUCGGCCCACCUCUUCCCAGCUCAUCCCCCUCCACUCCCACCUCGUCCUCAGACACCACGUUGAAAGUCUUCGGAGAUCCUCCGAAGCUUGCGGGGAUCCCCAGGAAGCUUCCGCCUCCCGAAAGGCUCCGCGGGAGCCGACGGAGGUCCUCAGAGGGAGGGGGUCGCAGCAACCCACGGGGGAAGGGGAAGACGAAGAAGAUGUCCCCAGUUCGUCGUCGUCGUCGCCACCAGGCUGCAGCCACCUUGAAGGCGAAACAAGUGUUUGAUAUAUUCCUGCCCGAUAUUCCCUUCCCUGCCCGAAUUAUUCGCAUUGCGGCCCGCGGACCCACUUUCCAGUCACACCCACGGACAGUGUGAGUAAGUCUGCCCAGCUUCUUCACUCGGAUGGUUGACCGUGUGUACGGCAUGGCUUGGGCCCGCAAGGAACGGCUCUGUUAAAUUGUACCCCUCCGCUGGACUUGUUAUUGACAGGCCAAAGGCGACGUCCUUAUCGAUUCGAAGUUGCACGCUCCGACCAACGUUGACGAGUGCACCUGGACGCUGAGUGACGGCGUGCUUCAGGUGACCCUGGCGAAGGCCGAGUCCAACAGCUGGGCUGAGCUCACACGCGGCUGAGGGCUGCGGAGUGGCAGACUCCCGUCAGGGGGCGACGUCCGGGUACGCACCGUGCCGCAGGGUUGCGUGAUGCGUUCUGCAGUCAAGACGCUGCCAUGGGACCACUUCGGUCGUAGUCAUUUUGAGUGAGUGUAGAGUGCUCCGAGGGCCCGGUGGAUACGCGGAUCGUCCUCCCCUGGGCGCGUGCCCCCGCCUGCGAGGCGGAGGCGCGUGCACGGUGGUGGUCAGUCGGGCCCGCUGCGCUCCCCGGCGAGAGGGCGGAGCCGAGGACUCAGGCCUCCAACGCAUUGAAAACGGCGCCCUCGUCUUCCACUGCGCGCGGAGUGCUCCGCGCGCCUGGGCGGAUGCGCGGGUAGUCCUCCCCUUAGCGCGUGCCGUCGCCCGCGGGGUGGAGGCGCGUGCGCGGUGGUGGGCGGACGGGCCCGCUCCCUGGCGAGAAGGGCGGCGCGGUUGACCCAGGCCCCCAGCGCACGGAGCAGGGACCCUACUUUUCCGAGGCGUGC